AUGGGCUCGGAUGUCACUCCCACAGCUAUCAAGAUGCAGUACAAUGCAUCCAUCAGAGCUCUUUCCCGCCGUCAAAUAGCUUUGUUUGAUGCCGAGACUGCGAAGGUCAUGGGAUCAGACAUUACUGCUUCAUCUCUCAAUAAUCACUUUCAUCGUACUGUCAAAGUUCUUGGCAAUCGUCAAAUGUGGAUGCUAUCAACGGGUCAAGACUCUAAGAACGUUAGCCUUGAUGGUCUAGGAGGUGAGAUUGUUGCAAUCAUGGGAUCCGAUGUUACCGUCGAAGCCAUUAAGCAACAAAUUGGCAAGCGUAUCAAGGUUCUAGGCAGUCGCGAAACCAAGAUGCGAACAGCUGGUCAAGAUCCUAAGAAUGUUGACCUGGAAGACCUAAUGCCUUCCAAGAAGGAAAAAGAAAUGGACAAACAUAUGGGAGAUUGUACUGCUUCUAGAUCUGGUCUUCGAUUUCAAUUUGAUACUCGUUACAAGGUCAUUGCCAAAGAUCAAAAGGCUAUGCUGGCUGUAGACAAAUAUCCUUUAACGGUUGAUAUUGCCACUAGUGGCAAGACCGAAGUUCAACAGUGUUUUGGUUCAGAUGCUUCUGCUGGUGGAAUCAAAUUCCAAUUUGCAACCACCAUCAAGAAGAAUGUCGACCAGAUUCGCAGUGCGAGAGCUGCUGGCAAAGACUGCAAGGACAUUGUGUUCAAUUCCAAUGGUCUCCUCGACUCACAUAUUCUAUUGCGAGGAUUAAAUACAUACAUGUUUCCCUAG